CAUAAGUAACGUUCAGUCUGCCUCUAGAAGUCGAUCGUGAUCGUGGCCAGUCAGUUCCGCUCGCUAGCACAAGCCGCAGCCCUCGUCCCCCCAAGAAAUAGCAAUACCAGUGUUUUUUUUCUAGUUUAAGUUUAAGACGCGCGCGCUCCGAGUUCUCAAUUCCCGCACAGCAAACACACACACAAGACGAGACAAAAUGAAGUACUUCAACAUCUGCCUGCUCUUCAUCGUGUGCGUCCUGUGCUACGGCCUGGUGUCCGCCCAGGAGGAGGCCGGACCCGUGUCGCCGGCGAAGAGGAUCUCCCUGCGCCGCCCCGUCGGGAAGGCGGCCAAGGUGACCACCACGACGACGCCGGCGCCAGCACCGGCGGAUGCCGGCGGCGAGGGCGAGGAGUACGACGAGGAGGCCGGCGAGCACGGCGACCACGGCGAGGAGGGCGACGAGGCGGCCUUCGCCAGCUCCACCACGACCACCACCACGGAGGCGCCCAAGAAGGUCGGCCCGGUCAUCCGGCCGUUCCGCUCCAACGACGACUUCCUCAACUCGCUGAAGCGCCGCCAGGCGAACGCCAAGAAGCACCGCGCCGAGAAGCCCCCGAGUCCCAGCAAGCCGUCCAAGAAGAGCGAGGAGUCCCACUCCGGCGAGCAGGAGGAGCCGGCCUCCGCGCCAGCACCCGCCCCCGCCGCCAGUCCCGCCAAGGGCUACAAGGGCAACUCUGCAUUGAGCCGUCGCAAGCUGUCGAAGCCCGCCAAGGCGACGCCCGUGGAGGCGGUGGAGGACGCCGCCGCCGAGGAGUCGGAGCAGCAGCAGAAGGAGGAGUCGAAGCCCAAGCGCCCCAUCGGUCGCCUGGCCCUGCGGAAGCGCAACUAAGCGGGAUCGGGAUCGGGAUCGGGAUCGAAUUCGGGAUCAGGAACACCGGGUCCCAGGCCAAGUCGCCCCUCCCGCUCUCCAUGCCACAAACCCCCUCCUCGCCAACCCAUCAAUUCAUAUGGCUAGCUAUGUGGCAGCCCGACGUGCCCUUUAGUUCUUAGUUCGCAAUUGAUUUUUUGUGUAUGUAAUAUAUUUGUAAUUUUAUGUUCUAAACAAAAACACGCGCACACACACGCAACACUCACUCAAUCACCACCCACGACCACGACCACGACCACGCCCACAAUCCAGAGCCAGCCCCAUCCUCCAUGUCCGCGCCGGAUACCCCUAUAUGUUUCGCGAAUAUAUAGACGGCUAUUUGCACGGGCACAAUUAUGUAUUCUUCACAACCAUCAAUCAAACAAUCAAUCAACCAGUAAUAAAAACAACAAAAUCGAA